AUGGACAUUAAUGCAUUGGAAAAACUUUUGAAAAGUCAAAGCAUGCAGAUGGAAAUGCUCUUGCAAAAACAGGAAGAGCGGCAUCGAAUAGAAAUGCAAGAGUUGUUAAAUGCGGUACACCAUCAAAAUGUUCCCGAUUUAAAUGUGCAAGCAAAUAAUUCACCUACUCGAAAAAUUAAAGAUUUAGCAGAUUCGAUGGUUGAUUUUACAUAUGAUCCUGAGAAUAAUGGAAUAUUUGAAACAUGGUAUGCACGCUAUAGAUCGAUUUUCACAACAGAGGCUAACGAUUUGUCGGAAGCUAUGAAGAUUCGUCUGUUAUUAAUGAAGUUUCAACAAUCGGAUUAUCAACGUUACGCCGAUUCAAUUCUUCCUCAAGAACCUCACGAGCUAACAUUAGUUGAGACUUCGAUUAAAUUAAAGAAACUUUUCGGAUAUAAGGAGACAAAAUUUUCACAGCGUCACAAAUGUUUCAAUUUAACAAAAGAAGAUUCCGAAGAUUUUAUAACUUAUUCAGCACGGGUUAAUAAGCAAGCCGAGAAAUUUGAUAUCGUUAACUGUACCCCAAACGAUUUAAAAGUUCUUCUUUUUGUAAGUGGCUUGAAAAGUUCGAAAGAUUCACUUAUUCUCGAAAAGCUUUUGAAUAAAAUCGACACGCAGUACGUUCAAAUUGAAGCAGCCGCUAAUCAAGCCGCUCGGGAUGCAAUUGUUAAAUUAACCUUACAAGACUUGAUUAAUGAAGCUGAGCGAAUAAUUUGUCUUAAAAAGGAUAAAUCAACUGUUAGCGACUCAGCAACAAUAACAGAUGUCAAUAACGUUUACACCGAUGGAAAAAAAUCUUCAAAUAAAUCGAAGUCUUCUACAAAUUCAUCGGGAAAAUCAAAUCAUUUUUCUAACGCAAAUUCUUCAAAACCAUCGAGUCCAGCCGGUCCAUUCUAUCCUUGUAGAUAUUGCGGAGGCUUGCAUUGGAAUAAAGAUUGCGAUUAUCGUGAUAAAACUUGCUCAACGUGUAAAAAAGAAGGUCAUAAAGAAGGCUACUCCAAGAAGCUCACAAGAAUGUGA